ACAUGACCAGAGCACUCAAAGAUCGUUUUGUGAAGAACCGAGCGAGCGGUCUCCAGCAGAAUUCGGAAGAAGGAGGAAAACGAGCUCUUCAAAUGUUGGCACGAACCGAUCUCCUAGAAUUCCGAAACGAGUGGGUGGACGUCAGGCAACAGGUAUCCGUAGCAGAACGCGACCUCCAAAUGAUGCUCAAACAGUUGACGGAACUCAUCGAAGCUCUGAAAAUUAAAAUCGAGCUCGUCACCCGCGUCGAAGAGAAAAAUGUUUCCACUUCCACCGACAUCGAUGACAUCUACAAGUCCUUUCCCGUCAUUAAAAAAUUACUCGAACACGUCGAAGUCCUCAUGAAAACCUUGCGCACUCUCCCACCUGAGGUGGCCCAGAGACCAGCCAAGGAAAGGCCAGUCUCCGAGGUAAAGAAGGAGAAUGAAAUCAAACCCAAAUCCAGGUGGGAGCGCGUGAAGGCGAUGGCGAAGAUGUACGAGCUCGGAAGAAGACCAGAGGAGGACGAAGAGCUCGUGAAGAAACUUAACGAAUAACAACAAAGAUUCGAAGAUGCUUCCUUCGCGUUGCAUUGAGACUCUUACAUGCCAUAUGAAUAAAAAUUAUCAUGUUUAAUCACCAAAAUGGAAUACAAACCCAUAGUUUAAACAUAUUUGUGGCUUACACCCAGUAAAUAGAAACCGAUUGAUCGAUCUGUAAUUGAAAACAAGUCAGAAUUUGUUGUUGGAGCCAGCGUGAUUUGAACCUGCAUCUACUGCUUGCCGGCAGCGACUCUACCACCAGGCCAUAACUGAUUCAUGGCAUAGUCACGAAACAAAUACCCAAGCUCUCCUGAUUAAUAUGUUAUUAUAUGCAUACUGCAGGGGUAAUGCCUAUAGUAUAAGUAUAGUACGAUACAUAUAGAGCGUAAAGAAAAACGUGACGGGAAGGAUCUAAAGAAGGCAAGACAUGAUUUGACAAUACACUGAUAUAAGGAAGUACAAGAAACAAUUUCAUUUUCCUGUUAAAUGAAUUAAGUGAAGGGGCAAGUUGAAUGUCAUUAUGAAGAGAGUUCCAAAAUUUGGGGGCUGUAUAUAAAAUAAACGUGUUUUGGGCUAGAAGGGUUCUCAGCAGAGGUAGAUGAAAGUCAUUACAAUGCCGAGUUGGGUACUCAGAAGAGGAUUCAUUUAGGGUGAACAUAUCAUCACAAACGGAAGGAAGCAUAAUAUUUGAAUAAAUAAACUGGCUUAACUGAAAGAGAUAAAGAUCUUUAACUUUCAAAAAUGAGAAAGGCAAAUGAUACGAAGAGCUUUCUUGUGUAAUAAUUAGAUGCUGUUUAACAAAGUUUGGUGUGCAUUGCCGCACAACAGGUGUCCAUAAUUGAGAUAUGGUAAGACCAGAUAUAACUAAGGAAGAUGAAUGGAAAUGAGUUUUUAAUCUAUUCAUGACACCAAUAUUACGAGAAAUAGUUUUACAGAUGUUGUUAAUAUGAUACUUCCAGGAAAGUUUAUUGUCGACUUUCCGGCCCCCAAAUAGAUUAUAAGAGAAACGGUCUUUAACCGGAAUUCAUCGAAUUCAAUGUUGCUUAGCAGUGAGUCUAAUAUAUUACUGAACAACAUACAUUAAGUUUUUGGGAGAUUAAGUGAGAGUUUGUUUGCUCUAACCCAUUGUAGAAUCUUAGGUAGUUCAGAAUUAACCAUUUGCAUAAGAGUGUAUGGAUUGCUUUUGGAAAAGAACAGAUUCGUGUCGUCAGCAGAAAGUAUUAACGAUAAACUAUGAGAUUGAGAUUAUCUGCAGAAAUCAUUUAUAUAUAAAAUACCUACAAGUGGACCUAGGAGGCUUCCCUGUGGAACACCACAGCUAACAUUACAUAAAUCUGAUGAACAACCGUUAACAAAGACAUAUUGCUGUUUGUUAUAGUUCCUGAACCACUCUAAAGCCGUUCCACGUACACCGUAAUUGGAAAAUUUAUAAAGUGAUAUAUCGUGGUUUAUUGUGUCAAAGGCCUUGGAGAAGUCCAGGAAAAUACCAACCACGUGAGAGAAUUUGUCAAUAGCAUGAUAUACCUUCUCCACAAAAGAUAAUAAAGCAUGGAUGGUACUAUGCUUUCCCUAAAACCAAAUUGAAAGUUGGAGAAAACAUGAACUUUUAGAAAGGCAACUGUUCUAAUACUUAUGGAUUUCUUCACGAUCUUAGAGAAAGGAAAUAACAAGGAGAUCGAUCGAUAGUUGUUUACAUUUAGUUUGUCCCCCUUUUUAAAUAAAGGAAUAAUUUUGGCGAUUUUCAUAGAGUUGGGAACGUAACCAUGUACAGUACGGAGACAAUUAUGAACCAGGGGAUCUACUACAAAUGGAAUAUUGACUUUAAGAAUAACAUUAUUGAUAUCAUCGUAGCCAGAACGUUUGUUGUUGUCUAUAGGUUUGAAACGAUGUUUAUAAUUUCAUGUAUAUAUGCUGGAGUAAGUAAAUAUAUAGAACUCUCGUUAGGUGGACCAAGAAAAUCUGUAAACUGUUUAUUGGAAGGAGGUGUAUUUUUGGCAAGAUUAUCCCUUAUGGAGGAAAAGUGGGUAUUAAAUAUAUCAUUAGCAA